AUGAAAAUGGAAAUGAAAGAUUGGAUAAGAGUGCGAAAUAUGGUGACUCCAUACUGCGCUGAGGACACCAUUCGGUGGAGGAUUGAAAAUGGCUUAUUGGAAGAAGCGUGGGAGUUGGCAUGUGAUAAGCACGGUGAGCUUGAAGGUACCAGAUGGAACAGUAGAUCCAUUGGACGCGCAAUGAUUGAGCAUCUUAUUUCUUCUGGAAAGCCGCGCCAGGCUGCGGCUAGGAUGGCAGAGAGGUUUGGCAGCGUAUUUACUUUGUGUAAAACAGUGUGCGGCACAGUGAGCUCAGAGUGGGAAUGGGCUAUCAGCACAUUCGAGCGCUCUCGUCUUUGCACUCUUAUCGCUGAGAGUCCACCCUUACAGUUUCUUCCAACAAGUAAUCCGCAGCUAGAACCAGAAUGUUACGAAACCGUACUUCAAGCUGCACUCUAUAACGAUGUUGAUCUUUUCAAACGUCUCGUGCAACAGUGGUCUCCUGAAUUGUAUCGAACUGGUCAGUACAAAAUAUUGCAAGCUGAUGAGAUCCAUCUGUAUCAAGCGUUAGCACAUCUGUAUCUUCACGAAAGAAAAUUUGAUUCUGCUUUGAAGAUCUACCUUAGCUUAAAAGAUCCUCAGAUUUUUGCUGUAAUUGACAAGUAUCAGCUUUUUGAACAGGUUAAAGACCAAGUUUCCGAAUUGAUGCGCAUCAACACGGAUCGAGCUUUGCGACUUCUCCUAGAUAACGAAGAUAACGUGCCCGCUUCUUUGGUCAUGGCCAAGAUAGCCCGUCAACCGAAACUGCAGAUGAUUCUAUUAUUUGGAAAAAGCGGAAAGCAUGUUGAAGCUUUGGACUUGGUCAUAAAGAAAUAUAAUCAACUGGACAAGGCCAUCGAAUAUUGCCAAGAACAUGACGACACUGACCUAUGGGCACGGUUGAUUGAAGAGGUUAUUGAAACACCCGCCCACAUAGCGUAUUUACUAAACCAUGCUGGAAGUAGUAUCGAUCCUCUUCACGUUAUUGAAAAGUGCAUUGCUAUCAUAAUUAUCUCUGUGGAAUCGCCGACCAUUCUUUCCCCGUUGAUCUCCCUUUCAUCGGAGUCAUUAGCCAUCUUACUUCAGAUCCCUCCAACAAUGCCUGUUCCUGGACUGCGUGAUGCUCUCGCCAAAGUCCUACGCGACUAUGCCGCCAAAGUCGCGCUGCAGUGCGGUUGUCAAGAGGCGACUCGUGGAGAUGUUCGUGAGCUCUUGACGCAACACUUGCAAACUCAGGCUUUGCCAGUAUACUUCACUUUGGAAACUCACUGUUCUAUGUGUGGGAAAAAGUUGGUGAUGUGCGCAGACCCGCGGGGUGCUGAGCUUCGGAUGUUCGGUUGUGGACAUGCUGCGCAUCUAUCUUGCUGUUUAGAGGUUGGUUGCUGCUUGAUACUACCUGCUAAUAUAUUGCGAAAAACCAGCGUCAAAAAAUAA